AUGGCGCAAAGAAAAGUAAAGAACCCGGAUGCGACUGACCUAUCUUUAAUUAUCUGGGAACCGGUUAACGGGAAAUUUUGAUAAUACUAGUUAAAGUAAGAAGCGUUAAAUUUUUCAUUGCUUCAGUCCAGAUCGGCCACGCACAGCCCCACGCUGAGCGUAAAACCAUGGCUUUUCCCCUGAUGUUGGGAGUGGCUUAAUACAGAUCUAAACUCAUUUCAUUGUUCAUCUUUGAAAUGUCAGCAGACAAGUCAAGGAUCAUCCUUUACUUGGUCCGCACUGGUCCUUAACCGCACUCGCUACGGUGUAUUAGUUUGUAAUGACAAUAAAAACUUCGGUGGUGUUAUUGGUAUGGGGAAACGAUAUAUUGAUGUUUUCAGAAAUAAGAGCAACCCUGACCAAGAAUAAUAGCAUUAUAUUUUCCACAGUUUACGGCGAACUGCCUUCGGAAAAAGAUUUAGAUACUUCCGCUGGCUUCUUCAUUUCCGGAAGUCAGUCCUCUGCUUCCAAACGAAGACCUUAAGUGGAUCAACGAUUUGAACACAUUUAUCCGAACAGCUUCCCAAUACCCUUCUAAGACCUUCUAAACCUCGUAUUGUUGGCCUCUGUUUUGGACUUCAGGUCAUCGCCUCGGCAAUAGGAGGAAAAGUAACUUCCUUUCCGUCGAAGAAAUUUGUCCUGCAAAGCGAGAAGAUCAAAGCUAACGCACAUUUUUGUUUUCAAGGCUAUAAAGCUUUCAGAGAGCUUUUUGACUUCCUGAGUCCCACAGAGAUUUUGUUGAAACACUCCCUGCUAAAUCUCUACGUUUGGCGAGCUCUUCAACCUGCGAACAUGAAA